AUGGAAUUUACAUGUUGUCUAAAAGAAUAAGUUCUUCCAAGUUGCUCCAAUCUCGACUCUCGUCAUCAAUAUUAUCAUAAGGAAAAACAAACGGAAAGUUUGUUUAGUGAUGUUGAUAGUUGAACCUGAAUUGUGGUUAUUGUUUAUUGAUGUGAAACAGGUAUUGGAAUUGGGAAUUUUGGUGCACUCAGUAAUAAUUGGUGUAUCUUUGGGUGCCUCGGAAUCUCCCAAGACAAUUAAGCCCCUUGUAGCUGCGUUAACUUUCCAUCAGCUCUUUGAAGGCAUGGGUUUAGGUGGAUGCAUCUCUGAGGCAAGAUUCAAGGUGAAAAAAACAGCAAUAAUGGCAAUUUUCUUCUCCCUCACAGCACCAGUUGGAAUUGCAAUCGGGUUUGGAGUAUCAACUGUGUAUAGUGAGACCAGUCCAACUGCGCUCAUAGUUGAAGGCAUUUUCAAUUCUGCUGCUGCUGGAAUUUUGAUUUACAUGGCUUUAGUGGAUCUCCUUGCAGCAGAUUUUAUGAGCACUAGAAUGCAAGAUAGUCCAAAGCUUUUGAUUGGAGCUAAUGUUUUUCUUCUUCUUGGGGCUGGUUGUAUGUCACUUUUGGCUGAGUGGGCCUAAAAAAAAAAAAAAAGAAAAA